CGAGGAGGGGGCGGGCACGCUGGCCGAGCUGGCUGCAGAGAAGCGGGCAGGGCGCGCGGCCCCUGGCCCCGAGCCGCCCACGGGCGCCCCACGCCAUCAUGAAGCCGUCCAACUCUUUUCGGAACUGAUGCAGACCGACGACGUGUCGACCAUAGCGGCGCAGAUCGCUAACCAGGCCGAGCUCAUCUACCAGACCUGGAAGACGACCGGCCUCAACCCCACCGAGCUUAUCCGCUACCACAGCGUCACCUCGGAGGGGAGCCUCUUCCAGGGGGGCGAGCAGAGCGCCUCCGCUGGGAGCAUCAGCCCUGCGCCCCCCGGCUCCUCCCCGGCCGUGCCUCGGAAGGUGAUCGAGCCCUCGCUGCACAACGGCCGCCCGCACUCCGCGUCCCCCGUGCGAACCCUCAACACUUCCCCCCGCCCCUACAUCCCGCCCACUGUCUCACCUCAGUCCCCGGGGGCGUGUACGCAAGCAACAACGUGUCCCCUGCGGCCCCUCAGUCCCCCCGGUUGUCCUACGCAUCCCCCGCGUCUCCGUCCCUUUCCCAGGGGAGCCCCCGCCCCUACGUGUCCCCGGCCGCCCCCCAGUCCCCCCGCGGGGCCUUAACCCAGCCGCCGCCGCCCCCCGAAAGGUCGUCUUCGUACACAGGCGUAGAUUCCAGUCCGCAGCCGCAGGCGCAGCAGGGGCAGGACAGCCCCUUCGACAUCCUCGCCGACCCCGAGCUGGAGGCGUCCCUCCAGGAGCUCGUGAACUCUUUCGUAAUCGAGGACAAGGCGCGCCACCACGCCGCCGCGGUCGCCGCGCUGGCGUCCCAACGGCCCAAGAGCGCGCCCUCGUCCAUCCAGGAGGCGCUGCAGAGGUUCGAACGGCAGAUGGCCAUCACCUCCCGCGCCGCCGCCCAUGCAGCUGACAACGUGUCCAACUCCUCAUCGCCCGCCGCCUCCCCGAACACCAUGGGCACCUUAGGAAGGUUCUCACACAGCGAGUCGGCGGCUCGGCGGCACCCGCAGCGACUCCGAGUGGGCCCGCAUGCACAGCGACGGCGAGGGGCGUAGCCGGCGCUCGGCGUCGCCCAACCCGCCGGUGUCGCAGCCGGGCUGGAACGAGGGCCCCUCCGCCAACACCUCCACGUGGCCACUCAAGAACAAGCAGCCCAAUGUCGUGGAGAGGAAGUCUAUGCAGAGCCAGCACUUGGCCUCGCACAUGACCUCCAGCUCGGGUGCACAAGCUCCAACUCGAACACGACCACCAACUACAUCACGACGCUGGAGGCGCGGGUGGAGAGCUCAUCCUCGCAGAAGUUCUCGGGCGUUCCUCUGCGACACAAGGUGGUGACCAUGGCGGCCGUUGACAAGGAGGAGGAGCGCCUCAUGCACGCCCUCCGCACGGGGACGCUGAUCGAUGACGGCGACCACUUGAGGCCCUUGGGGCAGGCCCGCCCCACUUCCGCUCCCGUGUCAUCCCCGCAGACGUCGCUCCACACGCCCAACAGCACCAUCAUCACCUCGGCCACCCCGAACAGCCUGCCCCACCAGACGGAGACGCAGGAGUUCCCCGCGCAGGGACGGCGCCCCAAGUUCUCCAUCAGCGUCACCGUUGACGUCGAUAAACCCAAAGAGAAUCAGCAGCAACGGCUACCGCAGCAACAGCUGCAACAACAGCAACAAAAGCAGCAACAGAUCCACGUUCAACAGAAGGUACAGAAGAUUGCAAGCACAAGCUCAGCUGUGGAGAAGCCUGGCUCCCCGGUGCGCGUGGUGGCCAAGAAUCCGACGGAGGGCGACAUGUCCAUCGUGGACUUCGCCAAGGUGCGCUUCCAGGAGUCGCAGCAGCACCCGCACUCCACUCAGCGCCUCGAGGACUACCGCAACAUGUCCAAACAGGUGGUUAGCAGCGACGGCCGCGUCAUGAUGGCCCGCACGCGCUUCGAGAACGGCAGCACGUCGCUCUCGGACUCCGUGUGGCGGGGCACGAUGGGCAUCCAGGCGGACGAGGUGGGCUCCACCCUGCCCGAGUUCUACCGCCGCAAGCUCCGCAAAAUGCGUAAAGCCGGGUCACCCGAGCCUUUGGUGGCCGGAAGUAUCUCGACGUUGCCGCACCCGGAGCUGACGGACCAGCAGAAGGCCCACAUCAGGGAGAGGUCCCAGAGCCCGACCACGGGCUACAACAGCGCCGGCGUGGCCAUCCGGCCCUUCCUCACGCAGGGCAGCGUGGCGGAGCGGGUCCUCAUUUUCGAGAGGGCCCCGGCCGAAAUGAAACCCAAGCCCAGCACGGGCGCGCCCGUCCCGGAGAAGAGGCGGCCCGCGGUCAACACCUGGCGAGAUCCAGACGAAGUCCGCUCCUACGUGCAGGUGAGUCCGCGUCUCGGCCCCGGGGCGCCUCUACGGGCGGCCAACCUUGAGCUCGCACCACUCGCUGCGCGGCUCGCCUGGAGCAUAUAUUUUUGUACAUGCGUUCAUUGUACGCGGUUGCGACACUUGGAGAUCCAUAACGGUUUCACAGCAAGGUUGAAACGCAUGCCACUGUGCAUGACACCAGCCGUUAUUCUCAGGCAGCGACACAUAACACAUGCACCAUGUUACAUGCACAUUGCACACUCCCACACACUCGUUGACAAACAGCAUACAAGGGAAACCUCUGUUGACAAAGGCCGUAUUUGGAGAUGA